AUGUCAUCCACCGACGCAGAAAGAGCCGCAAACUGGGAAGACGUCGGUGACCAAAACAACCGCGGCGUUGGAACGGGCACUGGCCCCGACUCCCCAGAAGAAGUCGCUGGUCAUAAAGAGAAGAGCAAGCUCAGCAAGGCUGCAGAUGUUGUUACGGGUCCUUUGAGAGGUGCCGCUCAGGGCAACCCAGGCAGCUCGGAGACUGCCGAUAGAUUGAGGGAGGGCUUGAAGGGAGGCAGUAAGUCGCUACAAAUAGCCUGCAACGAGUGAGAUCUGACGUGCGUUUGUUUUACAGAUCCAGCAACUUGA